UACCCCCAGUUUGAUUCUUCUUCCUCUCAGUUGCCGAUUCUAAACCCCCUAAAACCCAUGGCCUCCUUUGCCGCCAGGUCCAUGCUCCGCUCCGCCGCCGCCAGAACCACCACCCUAGGUUCUCGGGUCGCCUCCGCUGCUCGACCAAAACCCGCCUCCGCACCAUUCAGCAUCCCCAAGCAAAACAAAAACCCCAUCUCUCACGCCAUUUUCAGGUCGCCUGUGGAGUUGAGCUGCUGCGUGGAGACGCUGCUUCCCUAUCACACUGCCACAGCCUCUGCAUUGCUUACUUCCAUGCUCUCUGUCUCGCAACGCUCCUGCGGUUGGACCCCUGAAGCUUGCAAUGAUGAAUGCUGAAUAUCAGACGGUUCCAGCAACAUUAUAUGUGAUUGCGCCCUAAGACAAGGAACUGAUGAUUCCUAGUUAGCAGACUUCAGUGUUUGGCUUGGAGACUUAAAGGUGCACUUAUGUUUUACAUUGCCUAUAAAGGUUCACAGUGGUUCAGGCAGUUUUGCUCUUUUUCGGUUGCUGAGGAAAAACUCAAAUAGACUGCAUUGAGUUAUUGUUUGAUGCGAUGACUGUGUGAGAAUGUGAAUUAGUUUGGUGCCUUUGUGAUUUAUUUUUUCUGUUCAUUAAUUUUUUCAUUUAAUCUGUGAGAAUGAAGUUGUACUGAACCUUUUCGGGUUAGAAAAUGUAGACAAAGUAAAGAGAUGCAAGAGUCUCUAGACUUUGUU